UUAUAUUUUGAAAGUUUGUUUUAAUAUAAAAAUUAUGACGCAUAGCGACAUCUAGUAUCAAAAACGUUCUAUGCUUAAAUAUGGAUAAAUGGUUGAAAAGAAAAGUUACGAAUGUAGGUGCAAAAGAUCUUGCUGAGGCGGGAAGCAGUAAAAAAGCAGAAAUAGAACCUGCAACAGGACCAGUUCAAAAAAAAAAGAGAAUGUAUAAUGAAUCAUAUUUACAAUAUGGAUUUACAUUUUCUGCCGGUACACAUGACGAACAACUACCUUUAUGCUUAUUAUGCAAUGAUAUUUUGGCGGCUGAAAGCAUGAAGCCUUCAAAACUACUAAGGCAUUUCAACACGAAACAUGCUGCUUAUUCAAAAAAGCCUAUAGAAUAUUUUCAAAGUUUAUUAAAGUCAUCAAAUCAAAGCAAAUCUUUGUUAGAAAAGUAUGCUUUUACUCAGGAAAAAUAUCUUUUAGCAUCUUACCAAGCAUCAUAUCUAAUAGCAAAGGCUAAAAAACCAUACACAAUUGGAGAAGAACUUGUUUUACCUACUGCAGUACAAAUUACAGAAACUAUUCAUGGAAAAAAGUAUGCAGAUGAAUUGCGGAAAAUUCCUCUCUCCAAUGAUACAGUUACUAGAAGGAUUUCAGAAAUUAGCUGUGAUCAGUUUCAGCAACUUAUACAAAGAAUUAAAGAAAGUCCAAAAUUUGCAAUUCAGCUGGAUGAAUCAACAGAUAUUACAAAUUUAGCUCAACUCUUGGUCUAUGUUCGAUAUAGCUACGCCCUUAAUAUACAUGAAGAUUUGCUGUUUUGUCGGCCAAUGAACAAUCGUACAACAGGCGAAGAUAUUUUUUUACAAGUUAAUGAUUUUUUCAAGAAAGAAGGAUUAGACUGGGAUAACUGUAUUGGUGUAUGUUCUGACGGUGCAGCAGCAAUGAAGGGACAGCGCGUCGGAUUUCUAGCAAAAGUUAAAUCUAUUACAAAUGGCCAUAUCAUUCUUACCCAUUGCAUCAUCCAUCGAGAAGCAUUAGUAGCUAAAAAAAUAUCACCAGAUCUUAAUGUGGUCUUAAAUGAUGCCAUACGUAUUAUAAAUUUCAUAAAAUGUCGUGCACUUAAUAGUCGUUUGUUUGCAAAUUUAUGUAAGGAUAUGGGAGCGGAUUACGAACAACUUUUACUACAUACAGAAGUAAGGUGGUUGUCAAAGGGACGAGCCUUAAAACGAUUAAUAGGGUUGAAAGAUGAGAUAAUGAUAUUUUUAUCAGAAACAAAGUCCGAUUUUUCUAGUCUCUUCCACAAUGAAACUUGGGUUUGCAAAUUGUGUUAUUUGUCAGACAUAUUCGAGAAACUCAAUGAACUGAAUAUGUCCCUGCAAGGUGAGAACACAAACAUAUUAAUUUUGUAUGAUAAAAUUCAUGCGUUUAUGAAGAAGAUAAACUUAUGGAAAUCAAGUGUGGAAAAUGGCAUGUUGGUAAUGUUUUCAAGUACAUAUGAUUUUAUCACAGAAAAUAAUUUGGAUAAUAUUUUAAUUAAGAAAAUCAUAAUUGAUCAUUUGUCAUGUAUGGAAGAACAAUUUAAAAAAUACUUUUUAUCAGAUUUAAAUACUGAACAGUUUAUCUGGGUGCAAAAACCAUUCCUUGUAGAAAUGGAACAAGUGAAACAUCUCCCAUUAAGUGCCCAAGAAGAAUUUGCCGAAUUUAGUUGUAAUACAAAACUUAAAACCGAGUUUAGUAAGCAAACAUUGAAUUCUUUUUGGCUUAGUGUGAAAGCAGAGUAUCCACUACUCUCUGAGUUAGCAAUGGCAGUUCUCUUACCAUUUGCAACCACUUAUUUAUGCGAAAUGGCAUUUUCAGUAAUGACCAAUAUCAAAACAAAGCAGCGCUCUCGUCUCUGCAACAUAGAAAUUGCUAUGAGACCUGCACUGACUGAUAUUAAACCCAGGUUUAAUUUAUUGUGCCAAAAUAUGCAGGCUCACCCAUCACAUUAAAUGUAAUUUAAAAUAUAAUUUAAUAUGCAUCAAUGUCCUUAAUUUAUUUAUUUUAUUUAUUAUUUAAUUUAUGUAAUUUAAAAUAUGUUUAACUUAACUAAUUGAGUUUACUAAUGUUGAAACAUAUACAUAGAAUAUUUUGUUCAAAGAUGUACCAAAGAUAAGUUAUUAAUUUUUAAUGAUACUAAAAAUAAAUCUGCUAUUAAAAUUCAAUGUUUCAAUGCAAUUAAACAAAAGAAAUUAACACCUUCUGAAUUUAAAUUAAUCCCACCUUCGGGAUGUUUUUCUACACAUACCCAUUCUUCAGGGGGUCCUUUGAAAUUCUUAAGUGCAAAAGGGGGGUC